AUGUCGCUGACAUCCAGCAAUAGUGUCCCCGUCGGAGUCCUCGCAGGAUUAGCACUCUUCUUCACCCUACCUAAGACCGCAUGGAACGAGCCAGCAGCGGAUCCGAUUCAGGAUCGAUCUUUGUCUGCAUCUCUUAGUCGUUUGGACUUUUUAGGGGCGUUUCUCAUGCUCGGGGCGAUCGUACUGCUCACAACUGGUCUUCAGCAGACAGCGCAAGGCUAUGCCUGGGAGUCUCCCAUGGUGUUGGGACUUGUCAUCAGCUUUAUUCCGAUGGCAAUUGCUUUCUUCAUGUGGCAGUGGUGGGUAACAACGCGUCGAACUAGCCCUGAGCCGGUAUUCCCAUGGCGACUCAUUCAAGACCGUCGACGCCUCGGCAUGAUUGUAAACACUUUUCUUGCUGGAACGGUCCAAUUCGUCUGCAUCGCUCAGAUUCCGCAACGCUUUGUCACCGUCAACGAUGUAUCACCACUUUCGGCGGCUUUGAGACUCUUGGCAUUUGGAGCUAUGAUUCCCGUCGGGAUCUGCCCUAGGCUGGAGCACUGA